CUCACGUGUUGUCAAUUUAACAACUGGAGGGAUUUACUUAACCUAUUGCGGCAAGAAAGGUUGUCAAAUGGGCUAAAACUCCACUUAGCAACUGCUUAGAAGCAGAUGUUUUGGGCUCCCUUGUAGUCAUAAGUCAAAGACCCCCUGAGUUAUCAUUCUGGAAAAUAUCCUUGGAAGUUACCCAAAGUGACCUACCGUCAAAACCGUAUGUUCUGACCUUGAGAUUUUAAAGUGCCAACUUGCAUUGUGAACUGCAGCUCAAAGAAGCUUCUGUCACUCCUGGCUAUGGAAAUCUUCAUUCUACUAGUCCUCAUUGUUGGACUUUGCCAAGCCGGUCCUGUCCAAGAGGAAGUGAGCUGUGAUGAUCCAGAUAUUUUUGAAGCUGUGGCUAGAGCAAUAAAAGAACUUAAUGGAGACAGAACCCAAGAAAAUAAAUUUGCUCUCAAUGUCGUCCUUCAUGCCCACAGAAUAGCAGGUCCUGGGAAAAAAUUCCACGUCAUCUACCAAGUGAGAGAAACCGCGUGUCCAAUUGCUGCGGACAAGCCUUGGCAAAACUGUGAUUUUUUAGAGACCCCGGAAGGAGAUUAUGGAAACUGUACAGCUGACAUUGAUAUUGACUCACAAGAGUCAAUAUCACAGAAUUGCCAAUUUGGCCCAGUGGUUGACUUGCUUCCAGGGCAGGAGAAUGUAGCACAGUCUCUUGCAAAUUGCCUGGGUUGCUGGCAUCCCAUAGACCCUAAGAGUUUGGAAGUGCUUCCUGUUGUGAGAUUCACUAUACGGCAAUUUAACAAUGAGAGUCAACAAUCGAACUUAUACGAAGUUAGAGAAGUGAAAAAAGCGACCCGUCAGGUGGUUAAUGGAUGGAAUUACCAGUUGGAAUAUUCGAUAAAAGAAACAAAUUGUUCCAAGAAUGAAUUUCUAGAUUUGAGCCCAGCAUGUAGACACCUUCCUGAAGGUCAAGAAGGUUCCUGUACAGUUACUGCCUACGUUGACAAUGCAAACACACUGGUCCAUGCACAACACAAUUGCCAAUUGCGAGUGGAAGAAAAAGUGGAACCUCCCGUUCGUGUGUGUGCCGGUUGCUCCAGCCCGAUUGCAAUCGACAGCCUGGAACUAAAGGAGCCUCUACAAAUUGCUAUUGAAUCCUUCAACGCAAAAAACAACCAUGACUUUCAUUUCAAAAUUGUAGAAGUAAAAAAAGCAACAACGCAGGUUGUGGCUGGGAUAAUGUAUCGAUUUGAAUUCAUAAUUCAGAAAACAAAUUGCUCCAAGGCUGAAGUUGAGAAGUUAAAUGAAGAUUGUACCGCUGCUGAAGAUGGAGAGCGGUUGUUCUGUCGUGGCUCAGUUUACCUGAGGCCCUGGGAGUCAUUCAACAAACCUCAAAUAACCUGCAGCGAGCACCAGAUUUCAGAGGCGUUACUUAGGGUACCUCCAGGUUUCACCCCUUUCCGAAGUACAUUCGGUGUCGCUAGUCAAACGGAAGGACCGAGCGGUGGGGCGGAAUUCCAUCUUCAUCCGAAAGCAAACCACGCCCAUGAAAAAAAGCAGAGAUUUCGCCAUGUCCACAAACACGGCCACGGCCAUGGCCACAGACGUAGACAUAAAAACCCAACAGAGAGUUCUUCUGAAGAAGUUACAGUCCUACCACCUGUUGAAACUCCAAGUCAACUGCCUACUUCAAAAGCUUUUCUGGAACAGGAGGCUAACAGUAGAAGUCCCCAUGAAGAACUUGUUGGGUUUUCUGAUGUCUCCCCAGUACACGGCAGCGCUACAGAUUCCUCCAUUUUCUCAUAUCACCUGCCGGAUCUACCAGAACCACCAAAAUGUCCCGGGACACAGUGGAAGCCUAAAAGAGAUCCAGCGCCUCUAGAUACCGGUUUUAGCGAUUUUGAUCUUUUGGAUGCUCUCGUGUAUUAAAUUUUUUAAAAAGGCAGUGAGUUAUUUCUCCAGAAAUGUUCUGCUCUUGGAUAUGAUAAGAGUCCUAGGGAUUUCUGCCUGCGUAAAAGUGUAACACUUAAACACAAUUGCAGCCAAGGUUGGCCUACAGCAUUAGCCUGCCUAGUUUCUUAAUGUUUUGCAAGAUACAAUAGUUAGCAAAUAAUGAAACAAGGACUGUAAUUCAGUCAGCUUGAUCAAACAGCAAUAUGCACAAUUGCCUUCUGCAGGACCAGUGUUGGCUGCUUUCAAGCCUGGAGAAAUAUAUAUAUAUAUAUUUCCAAGGGCCUUUACACAUUUUUACAGCAGCUCAGUGGGUGAAUUAUGUUAAUUUUCUCUGCAGUCAGUCAGGAUGGAAUUUCAAAUGUGAGCUACUUUCCUAUACUUGAUUAUUUUCUACACCAUGAUUAUUUUAUGAUAAAUCUGUAGUAAGUUCAGUACAAUUAUAUUAAUUAGCCCACGCUUUCUAUUACCAGUUUGUGAUAUAUUUUGUUCAUACACUUUUCCUUGGCUAUCGCAAAUAAAAGACACGUUGCAAAGCA